UGUGUGUCUAUGUCUGUUUGCAUCCCUGUGUCUGUCUGUGUGACAUCUGUGACGUGUGUCUGUGUGACGUCUGUGUCUCUGUGCUGUGUCUGUGUGUGACACGUGUGACGUGUGGGUGACCGUGAACAGCAGCGAAAGGCUCCAGCGGGCUCGUUCGGAAAGGAGGGUCGCAGCCAGAUGUGCAGAGGCCGGGAUAUGGCCACGUCACACGGCUGCUGGUGUGCAAGGAGUCCGGCAUGUUUUCGGCCUGGCGCCUGAGCCAUCAAAAGCAGGCGGGGAUCCGCUUGGGAUUUGAAGUGCUGGUGAGGGCAAAGCAUCAGAAUGAAAGAAGUAGACAAUAUCGAAACUUUAAGCGAAGAGUGGAUGUGUAAGCAAGGAGCCGAGGAUCAGCUUAAUGGUACAGAACAGAGCCACAAAUGUUUUGUCGAUAACCUUUUUGAAGAAGCUCGGAAGGUAGGAGCUAUAUGCAUGCCGCCAGCCAAAGUGAACGAACAGGCUGACAUCAUUAUUAAGCUAUGGAAAAAUGGAUUCACAGUAAAUGAUGGUAAUCUCAGGAGCUACACAGAUGUGGCAAACCAGCAGUUCUUGGAUUCAAUUAAAAAAGGGGAGUUGCCUUUUGAGUUGCAAAAAAAUUUUGAUGAGGAGGAGGUGGAUGUGAAGGUAGAAGAUAAGAAAGAUGAGGUGUAUAUUUCAAGGAAGCCAGUAUUUCACCCAUUUUCUGGACAUGGUUACCGAUUGGGAAGUGCUACUCCAAGAAUAAUUUCUAAAGGAAGAAAUGAUCAUGGAGAUAUUCAGAAAAGAGCUCUUCCAUCAGUACCACUAAGUGAUUCAGAGCCCAUCACAAACGUCCAGAUCUGGUUAGCAGAUGGGGAAAGGAUAGUACAAAAAUUUAAUGUUUCUCACAGAAUAAGCCAUGUCAGAGACUUCAUCAUGCAGUAUCAAGGAGUGGAGGGAAGCGUUCCAUUCACCUUAACCACAUCUCUACCUUUCUUAGAGCUACAGGAUGAAACACUCACUUUGGAAGAAGCUAACUUGCAAAAUGCUGUUAUUGUUCAGAGACGUCGGAAAACAACGGAGCCUUUCCAAAGUUUCUCAUAGUCUUGGCUAAUAGCACACCUAGAAUACAACUGUAAAACUGCUGCUACUAACGGACAAAUCAAGAGUGGGCAAAAAUGCAAUUAGAGUUUUAGCGGAACAAAAUUUUAGCUUUUAACAUGCCUAAUGGUUGCAUAUAAAGUGAACUUGAUUAAACCAAAAAGCCUAAACAGGAACAUCUGGAUGCACUGUACCUUCCCCACAGAUCUGUGCUGAAUAAGACUAAUGCUAUGCUGUAGUUUCUUAUAAUGAGGUAUUUUCUAACUAUUGCAGUGUUUGGAGCCUGCCUGUAAUAUAGCAGAAGUAUCCUGAUAAACUGGGGUCCUACAUGUAAAUUCUUCUUAGCUAGAAAGUUCUGGCCUUUCCAAAGGAAUGCUUGAGUUACACUUCAUUCUAGAAGACUUUCUAUUAAUAGCACCUUGAGUGAAGAACUUUUUAAUUAACUUAUUUUUGCACUUCAGUUUGGGCAGUGAAACUAAACCAGCUGGGUUUGGCUCGUGUUUCUGUUGUUGCCAGUCUCAGGAGUUGUUCUUGCAAUAAUGGUUACAGGCCCUUCAGGGAGAUCUGAUUUUACUGUUUUCACUUCAUAAAGCUGAAUUCUGUGUGUGGUGGUGGUGUUUUUUUUUUAGCAGAACCUACAUUUUGAUAUUCUCUUAAGUCUGUAUUUGUGAAUAUGAGACGGUCUAGGCAGAAAUGAUUUGGUCUGUUGAAUUUGGAACAAGAGGUGAUUUAAUGUCAGCUCCUGAUGUAGCAGUUGCUAAUGGCUCCAGUGGCUGAUCUCUCAUGUGUGAUCCCAUGUCAUGGUGGUGGUAGGUUACAUAUGGUUUGUGCUACAAGUGUUAUGAGAAGGGAAAUCCACUUACCACUAUGAGAUACAUGUAUGACACCAGUUGUUCUGACAUAAGAAAUGUGUCAUGAAAAUAAAACAUGUCUGUCUUCCAGAAUUGCCAGCUGAGACUGGCAUUAAUUCACACACACACAGCUCCCCAAAACGCUUCAAAAUCCUUAUUCAAAGUUUCAAGAAGCUUUCCUUCUCUCUGUUCAUGUAGUCUCUUCCUUAAUAUCUAUCCCAAAUUGUUUUAUUUUACAAUUAAUAAAAUUAUUCCCAUUAGUUUUGAAUUCAGGUGUGCAAACUUAACUGUAGCUGGUGUUCUGUAUUUUAAUUCUGAGCAUGAUUGUCAGCACAGUGGAUUCUCAGUACGCUUUGCUAUAUAGUUGGCUUGAAAACUAGAUAGCCUGCGGGUUUCUGAAUGAAACUAAUAGGCUGAUGUUUGUUGAGAAACAUUUGAAGGAUAAAAGGUUUACGUUGCAUAUGUGAAGGGAAAAGUGUUAUUUUUCAAUACCUUAUUUCCUGUGGUUGAGAGAGAGGAUUGGUUGGUUGUUUGGGGGUUUGGGUUUUGGAAACAAGUGACUGUCACAACAACCUUGGUUCUACAUAAAUCCAACUUUUUCUUCAAUCCUAGAUAACCUUUUCAUUUUGUUACAUCUGAUCUGACAUGCAUGUGAUGCUAUCAAGAAUAUAUGAACAAUAAGUUUGAAAUGUAGCUGCCAAGUACCCAUUGCAUGCUGGGCCAGGUAUUCUUUUAAAAAUGUAGUUUACAUCACUUAUACACUUGUACUUCAUUCAUCUUAAGCAACAAAGAAUACAGCUUUUACUUACUGUGGGUGAACUUCAUGUUGGCAUUCAAACACUACCAUCUUUCAACAGAUUUUGAUUACAAAACUUCCUGAUUAUCUCUAGUUCUAGAAAACAACGAGCGGCUAAUCCAUGUGAACAACAUCAAACAAAUGCCUAGCAGAAGUAGUUCUGACAGCGUCAUCAUGAAUAUAGCAGCCUCCCCAAAAGCUACACCUAACUUACUUUGUAAAUCUUACCAUUAAGCAAUGGAUUCUGUAAUUCACUGUAUUUUGGUCUCUCUGCUGCAAUAUACAGUUGUAAGGUACCGGUAAAUGCACGUAUUUGAUCAUAAGGCUAGUGUUCUAGUAUAUGGCAUGUGCAUGAAACCUAAAUAACAAUAUACCUGUUUAAUUUGCGUGUGCAUAUGAAAUGUAGACGAUUAGUAAAGAGUUAAGGAAAUACCCAAACUUAAUGAAUUCUACAAAAUUGGCUUUAAUGUAGACAAUGCAACUCUACAAAAAUAUGCCAUUAGUUGUAAGGAAUUGUGCAUAUUAUUAUAUUGAAAAAUGUUUUAAUUUUUCCAGUAUUUUAAGAGACUGGAUAACUCCAUGAUUUCUGUUUGAUUUUUGGGUUUAAAUUGUGAUGGAUUAUAAUCCUGUGUUUUCUUCAAACCAUAGACUAUUAUGGCUGCAGUUGCAGAGGGGGAAAAAGGAGAAAACAAAACAGCACCCAGCAAAAUGUGAAAUGGGUGUCUGUAUUUUGAAAGAGUGCUGGAAGUGGGACUGUGUUUAAAUACAUAAACACAAAGAGAUCAGGUCCCUGAACAGUAAAAAGAUUGCUGACUGCAUUAACUGAAUUAAAGCCAGGAGAUCAAGUGCCUUUUUAGUAAAGGCUACAGGCUGUACUUGGUGGUUUAUUUCUUAACUUGCAUAAAAUAGGUACAGAGUAAGUAUGGCAUUUCCAUAUCUGACCAGGUUAGGCCCAACUCCCAGGGAUGGAUUUCUGACCUAGAUGGUUUCUGUAAAUCCUAAUCUGCUGGCCAGCACUGGACAUGUCCUCUAUGCAUGAUUCAAACAACAAUAAAACCAGCUUGAUCAACACAACCAUGUUCAGGUUAGUAUUUGUCAGCACCAGUGUCUCUACCAAACAGCAGAUAUAAUGGUUAGUUGCAAUCUAGUGCCUUAAAGUAGUAACUGCCAACAAACCACUGUUUAUGAAAUGAAUUUGACACCCUUGCCAAGAUAUGAUGAAGGAAGGGAUACCUUUUUUUGCCCGGCUCUCCCUAUUGAUCCAAAAAAGAUGCAAUUUGUAAUUUAAGAAAAAAAAAUGUAAGCAUGUAUAUUGUGUAUGUUUGGGUUUGUUUGUGUGUGUGUCCCGUCCCCAUUCCCCCCCCCCC